CAUGUGAUUACAGCGCCCUCUCUGGUGAAUCCUGGUAGAACUUAUGUUUGGUGUUGCUUGGAGACUUUCCUAAAACUGCAACAGUGCAAUUUAGUACACCUUCAACUAUGGACCCACAUGAAGAGGGUGACCAGUGUAAUGAGCGUGAGAGGCUUAAGAUGAGAAUAGCCCUUCUGGAGGCGAGUGUGAAGUCCUGUGAGUUGGACUGUAGAUCCAGCAAAGAGACGAUCCACAGGCUCAUGUCAGAGCUGGACCAGGAGAGGAGAAAGUCAGCCAACUCUGCAGCAGCCCUGGACUCAUUUAAAGUGGAAUAUGAUUCCCUACUAUCUGGAAAGCGAAGCACUGAAUCAGAAAAGCAGACUUUGUUAGAACAGUUAGAAGCUGGUAAAAGAGUGAUCAACGCCGCCCGGAAGGAGUCCCAGUGUCUGGAGAAACAGGUGCAGGAGCUGGAGCGUAAGCUCCACAUCAGCCAAUCAGAGACAGAUGCUUCUCAGAGACGACUGCACUCGUUUUUAAAUAAAGUAAUAAAAGUUCUGCAGAGGGGCUCAACAAGCACACUCCUGUCCACAGAGAAUGAUAUGGGAAUGAACAUGGAGGAGACUGUUUCAGAGAUGGAGACAAGACUGAUCCAAGUGUCUGUGGAGCUCAGUGAACAGAUCGAGCUCCAUCACAGCACUCUGCAGAGGGCGGAACUGGCCGAAAACCAGGCUCAGGACCUGAGAGAGCGACUGCACAGACUGGAGACUGAGCUACUGACAGUGGACACACACCGAGACGGACUUUGGCAAGACAAACAACAGUAUGAAGAGUUCCUGGAGAAGCUCUCGGAGAUCUUGAAGGUGGAAACUAUUGCUCUGGAUGUGGGCUUCGAUAUGAGACUCAAGUUAAUACUGUCCAGAGCAGAGCAGCUGAUGAGACAAGAGGGCUCUGCUUUAAUUGAGAGCAAGUCCCUCACCUACAGCCUACAGAGGAAGUUAAAAUCUCAGAAAGACCAGUUGGAGAGCAGAAGUUUGCACAUCCAGCUUUUGAGGAAGAAAGUUCUGGAGCUGGAGGAGGAGAGGAGGAGCAGGACUGCACUAGCCAUUCAGAGGGAGGAUGCCCAGGUCGAGAACAAACGACUGCAGAAGAAAGUGGAGAGACUUCAGUCGGAGCUCCGAGCCACGAGACUGUCCACCACCGAGCUCAAGACCCAGCUGAGCCACACCCAGGAGCUGAAGUUAAAAGUGAAGGAGCAGAACCAGACAGUGCAAGAGCAGAAGAAGAAACUGGACCAGCUGGAAGAGAGAAAGGUCAAAGUGGAGAAGAAACUAACCUCUGUGACCUCUGACCUGGAAGUAAAAGACAGAAGGACUAAGGAGGACCAGCAAGAGCUCAACAUUCUGAGACAGAGCCUGAAGCUGCUGUCUGAGAAGGAGAGCAAGUUGGCAGAUUUUCGCACAGAUGUUUCCCAGAUGCUCGGUUUGGACACCUCUUCUGGAGAUGUCUCUAAUCAUGAAGUCCUCCAACUCCUGGACACUUCUCUUCAUCAUCAUCACCAUCACCACCACCUGUUUCCCUGUGAUGGGAGGCCUUGGCUCUGUCCCACUCACCAACAGAGGGCGCCUCAAAACCAGCAUCACCCUGGAUCUUCAAUAGAUACAUCUACAGCAAGAUCCCAUAGUCUGAACGACUCUGGUAUUGCUUUCAAAUAGCACAUCUUAUCAGUAACUUUGCCUUAUAGCCCUCUCCAUUUAAAAUAGAUUUGGUUUGGUCUCUAAAUUCUUCAUUUUAAACUGCAGAUAUGAGGAAAUAACUAGAUAAUUUUACCAAACAAUUUAAGAAACUGUGUAUUAAAAAUAUGUGAAAGACAAACAAUGCAUACAUGUACAAUACUUGAACCUUGACUUAAAUUGUCAUGAUAAUUUCAGAUUUUUACUAUGGGGCUAC